AUGUUCAUCCCCAGUGUCCACGCCGAGACAGACACAGAGGCCCUCCUCCAAUUCAUCCACGACAAUCCCCUCGGCCUCCUCAUCACCGGCAUCCCCUCCUCAAUGCACGACUUCCUGCAAUGCACCCACGUUCCCUUCGUCCUCGACCCACCAUCCCAGAACGAACCCGCCCGCCUCCGCGCGCACAUCGCCAAACAGAAUCCGCAAGUCAAGGCGCUUUUCGAAACAGCCACAAAGGACACCGACACCAACAAUAGUGCCCCAGAGAUCCUGACCCACGCCCAAGAAGUCCUCGUCGUGUUUACAGGCAACCACAACCACUACGUGACCCCGAAAUUUUACACCCAGACCAAACCGGACACCGGCAAGGUCGUGCCCACCUGGAACUACGCCGCCGUCCAGGUCUAUGGGAAACUCUCGGUGUACUACGAUUCCCGGCGCGCGGACACGGGCGCGUUCCUGGCGAAGCAGAUGCGGGAUCUGUCGGAGCGGUGCGAGCGGGGCAUCAUGGGGUUUACCGGCGAAGGGGGGCGGGCGGGGCCGUGGACGGUGGAGGAUGCUCCCGAGCGGUAUAUUGAGCUCAUGCAGCGGAAUAUUGUUGGGGUGGAGAUUGAGGUCUGUAAAGUGGAGGGGAAGGUGAAGAUGAGUCAGGAGAUGCGGAAGGGGGAUCGCGAGGGGGUGGUCCAGGGUUUCGCGGGGUUGGGGGGCGAGACGGGCAGGGCGAUUUCGGAGUUGGUGCGCGAGCGGGGGGCGAUGGUUGAUAGGGUGAAGGGGGUGUAA